CAUGGCAACUGCUACAGGAUUCACUCAACCCUCAAUUACCCACUGCGCUGGUUGUACUGGUGCGGACACCACUCCGCCAAUUCAUCACCUCACUCCGCCAAUCCAUCGCCUCACUCAGUAUCGGCACAAAUGUACCCGCUACUCACAGAUCAGCACUCAAUGGCGUCGCGGGCCUCUGGCAACCAUGACAGAGUCGAACCACCAGAAUACAUCUCCAAGCAUCUAUCGCGAUCCUCCCACUCCCGCUCCCGCUCCUGCUCGCGGCGGUGGAGCACACUCACCGCCGCCCGCUCGCCCGGCUCGGCCUUUUCCCACGCGUCUACCAUAGCCACAGCCACAUGCUCCGGCCAUUCCCGGACGCGGUCGAGUCCACCCUCCACCCAUCGACGACAAACCGCACCCGCCAACUUCGCGAGUCCGCCCCCCGAGUCCCGUCCUUCCCUGAGUCCGUCUCGCAGCAAGUCCGCCCCCGGUCCCGAUCCCGCACCAGCUGCACCAAGCCCGAGCCCUCCCCCAAGCCCUCCCGCGUCCUCCAGUCUCGCUCGCACAAUCGGUACCGUCCGCUCUCGCAUCAAGAUCUCCAACCUACGCAGGAGCAGGACUUCGACGGCGGCGGCGUCGACGGAGACAGAGAAGCAGGAGGAGGACGACCUAAAGCUUUCCAAGUACAAGAAUGCGCCGGCGAAGGCGAAGCAGCUGUUGGGAGUUAUUGAGGAGAAAAAGCAGGAAGAGGGGGCCGAGGAUUGCAGUGACGUCUGGGACUUUAAAUGUACCGGCCUAGACCAUGACCCCAUGGCGCCCGAUGAGUAUGUUGGCUUGGGGUAUAGGAGGAGUCGGGAAUGAUUAAUGCCAGUGUUGGGGGAUUGGCUGCGGGUGAUAGUUCGUACGGGCAUGCAGCGUUUCAAUCGAUCGUUGGGGGUUGGGUAUUGGGCUCGUGGUCUUGCUUUUAUUGCUGUUUUGCGGGAUACUGUGUUUUUGUAUUCGGCUCGACGGGGGAGCGUGUGCGUAUGGCGUAUCCUAUGCGAUUGCCAGUAACCCGGGGAAAGUGGGGAUUCGUGCUCUAGAUAGGACAGUUACUCAUCACUAGACUCUCCAAUAUUUAGCUGGUUGAAACAGUUCACAUUCAGAUGGUGUCGUUGCCAGUUCAGUAAGGAAAAGAAGGUGUCAAGUCGUAGUUGGUUCAGGAAAGUACGAGGGGCUGCUCCGGGGUAAACUGGGUGAAACGCCAGUGCAGCCAGUGCAGCCUGUGUAGCCUGUGCAGCCUGUGCAGCUAUGGAAGUCCAAUGAGAGAGCACCGGGGGGUGAGAGUGGGGAUGCGUAG